CCCCAGCGAUGCAAUUCAACAACAUCACCACCACCACCAACUGACGGUGGUGACCCAGAGAGAAGAAGAACAACGCCAAUGCGAUGAGUGAGUGAGCGAGAGGCGAGGGGAGGGGAGGGCAUCACUGAGAUUUCAGAGCGAACGCAGUCGCCGUCACUGACCGCAGCCCGCGUCGCAGCGACGUGGAGUGGCGGUAGCGACCGCAGUGGAGGACACAGAGGUGACAACGCGAGCACCACCACCACCACGUGUGUGGGUCCCCGCAGACAGCCACUGCAAUAAGCGACCACGAUGCCACCAAUAAGGAAGACGGAAGCAGCAGCAGGCGUCCCCGGCUGGCUUCAGCAGAGGGGCGGUUCGCUGGCUCGUGUGGAUGAACGCGACGACGAGGUGGAUGGGGAUGAGGCCGAGCCAGGGCCACACGAGUUAGGGGUCCCCAAGGCCCGUGACGAGAACCGCUUCGAGGCGCUGUCUCAGGAGACGGUGUCGGCCCUCGCGCUCACCCGCGGCUGCGUGGCCGAGCUCAUGGACUUUAAGGAUGUGCUGCUCCAGCACUCUCUUCCCGGGGCCCUGCGCGCGAGGUUUCUCCUGCUCAUGUCUCGCCUACACCGCAGUGUAUCAGACGUGCAGGUGCCCGCCGGGGAAUUGUCCCGUCUCACGCUGGUCUACUCGUCUCACUGGCACGGGCAGAGCGAGACAUUGAGGACCCUACACGAGCACUGCCAGAUGAAACAGAGGCUUCUGGAUGUCGCCAUGAGGCGGUUGCAGCUGGUGCACGAGCAGGUGAGAAGAGUUGCAGAGGAGAGAAGGUUGCUUCGCUGGGAGAAGAUGUUUAUGAAGAUGACGGCAACUGACGUUCUUGGAGCAAAGUGGCCGAAUAUGAUGGCGUCUUUCAUGGAGGAAGCGACCCAGAGGGGAGACGUCCGGAGUGUUCAGAAAACCUCUUCCGAAGGCUUCAGUAAAGGCAACAGUGAUGAAGACGUGGAUGUUGAUGACGAUGAUUAUGACGAUGAAGACGAUAGUGAUGAUCAAGACAUGUUCAUCCCAACUGAGCGACACUGGAGGAAGCGACCAGCUCCCAUGUCCAUGGCGCCUCGUAGACGGGAGUUCGGCACUCAGACUGACGCCACCGCGCAGACAGACACUGACGCCCAGGCAGACACGAGCACGCGGACGAACGCAGACACCCAAACGGAAUGCGCGCGCGCAGACGGACACGCACACGCAAACUCAAACGGGUGCCCAGGGAGACGCUGGCACACAGACGAAAAUCGCCGCUCAGUUGGACGGAAUCUCCCAGACGGACAGAAUCUCCCACAUAGACACGGGCGCCCAGACGGACACCGACGUGGUGGACGAGGAAUAUGUCACUCGGCCAGACCCAACGGGCCAGGCAGAUGGAACCCUGCUGCUGGAGAACGUGACGUGCACGGACGCCGCCAGCCAGACUGAGGCUCCAGCAGAGGGGAGCUUGGAACUAAGAGCCGAGGAGAUGUUCAACAGCUCCAGAAUCCCGACACCCAAACCCCGAUCCACGGAGGAGACGGUGGAGGAGGGGAGCGAGAGACAGCCUCAGGCCGACUGCGGUUGGCUACGUACGGUGCGAAAGAAGUUCAACAUACAUACAAGAUUCCACCGGUGCUCUAUCAGGGUCUUUG